AUCACUACAUCACUGCUCAAACACAUCCAGUCCUCCAACACAACACCAAUCCAUUGCCAGUCAAUACAUUUUCUGAUCAAUUGGUGGCAAACAUGAAAUUCAAGGAAAUCAAGAGGAAUGGUGUGUUCUGCUGGUGUCCAACACGACAACAGAGGAGUGUUGCCAUCGGAACCACUUCCCAACAGUUUGACACAAACUUCAGCAAUGACAGCAAACUUGAGAUCUUUGAUCUGAAUGCCGAAGAAUGCAGUGAAGAGCCGCGAUUGAAGUCAUCCAAAGUGGUGACCAAUACAUUCAAUUGCCUUCAAUGGCAUCCAUACGCCCUCAUCGGCGGCACUCAACUCAAGACUUUACAGUUCUUUGACGUGACCGCCGAUGAGAUUGAACUGAAAUACGAAACGGAAGCGCAGACAUCGAGUGUGACGUGUAUUGCAUUGAAUCCCAAAGAAGAGCAUUCAGUGGCGACGGGAUGUGAUGACGGGUCGGUCGGUGUCUGGGAUAUCGACAGCGGCGGGAAGGCUGAGAGAAGUCUGAACCUAAGUGUGAGCGGAACCAAUGACUCGGUGAAUGUGGUUCAAUGGAACCGUACGGUGGGCUCAAUCGUGGCCACGGCCUCCAACACCAAUGUGCACGUCUGGGACACUCGC